AGUUCAAAAAAUCUUCUCAUUGCUGCCACUUCUUAACUUGCUCGUUUCACUCUCCGACUCACCGUGCCAACCGAGUCAACUCACCACCACAAGCAAUGGCUGCACCCACCAAACCAACCAUUCCAUGGAAGCUCCGCGUAAUGACAUCUCUGCUUUCUCUCCUUCUCAAAGCCUCCCGCCGCUCUAACGGCACCGUCAACCGCCGUCUCUUCAACCUCUUCGACCCCCAGCUCCCUCCUAACCCAAACUCUAUCGACGGCGUCACCACCUCCGACGUCACUGUCGAUGCCACACGCAACCUCUGGUUUCGCCUCUUCUCCCCCACCACUUCCGCCUCUGCCGCCACCCUUCCUGUCGUCGUCUUCUUCCACGGCGGCGGCUUCGCGUUCCUCUCCCCGGCCUCAACCAGGUACGACGCUUUCUGCCGCUCCCUGUGCCGCUCCAUCAACGCCGUCAUCAUCUCCGUUAACUACCGCCUAGCCCCCGAACACCGUUACCCUUCCCAAAACGACGAUGGUUUCGACGUCGUUAAAUACCUCGACGAAAACGGCGCCACUUUGGGUAACGUUGGUAAGUGCUUUUUAGCGGGUGAUAGUUCGGGCGGGAACACAGCGCACCACGUGGCAAUUCGGGUUUGCAAAGAGAGGCUCCGAUUCGUGAGAGUAAUCGGGUUGGUUUCGAUUGAACCGUUUUUUGGAGGGCAAGAGCGAGUCGAAUCAGAGAUCCGAAUCACGCAAGACCCGUUGGUUUCGUUGGAUGCAACCGAUUGGUAUUGGAAGGCCUUUUUGCCCAACGGGUCGGACCGUGACCACGAAGUGGUUAAUGUGAGUGGACCAAAUGCGGUGGAUAUUUCCGGUUUGAACUAUCCAAAGACGCUUUUGGUUGUGGCGGGUUUUGACCCAUUAAAGGAUUGGCAAAGAAGAUAUUCUGAAUGGUUAAGAAAAUCGGGUAAGGAUGUUGAAAUAAUUGAAUACCCGAAAAUGAUCCAUGGGUUUCACUUGUUUCCAUUUUUACCCGACGUUUCUGAGUUUCUUUCUCAUGUUAACCAUUUCAUUGUCAAACAAGUAGCUGGUAGUUAGAAUUCUGUCA